AUUUGUUUGGCGUUUUAUUUGGCACCAAUUGGUUAAUUUUUGUUAUUCAAGGAUAUUAGGUAAUUGAAUCCUUGUGUAUUUCGAUACUAUUCAAGGUUUAAUCUAUGAAUGCUACUAUAUGAUACAAUACAAGUGAUACCUAUCCAGAGUGCUACUAAAGAGUGAAUCUACAACGAGAAAUUAGUAAAAAUAUUAUGUCUCCGAGAUUAAGAAAAUAUCGUGUAAUGGAUACAUCUGUUAUUAUCACAAGAAAAAGAUCAAAAAUACUUAAUUCGAUAAAUAAGAAUUCAAACUCUUUACAAGACGCUAAGCAGAAAAUAGAAAAUCAAAAGGAAAGUAAGGCAAUACAAGAUAAACGAGCAAAACUUAAAAAAUCUUUGAAUAUACAAUUUUCAAAAAAGAACAAGCAAUCGGAAAGACCGAAAACAAAUAAUACUUCUAAUAAAUUUACAACGAUAAAAAAUCCUAUCCCAAAAGCAAAUAAAGUUAUAUAUGAUGAUAUUCUAAGUGAUAUUGAUAACACAUCAUGUGAACUAAUUAAUGAUUCAUUUAUCGAUUUGAACAUAAAUAAUGAACAAAAAAGCAAAUAUGACAUAUCAUUGAAUGAAACUAUUACUCCUAAAAGUAGCCCCAUUUCGAUAACUUUAACACCUCAAAGAACAACCAAAACACCAAGAAAAUCACCAUUGCCUUUAACUUCUCCAAAAACACAUUCUGAAAUUCCUCUUAGAAUAUCAAAAACACCUAGAAAGCUGAUGCUUUCUGUUAAUUCUGCGACUAAACUUAAUAAUUGUGAAAAAUCUUUACGAAACAGGAAGAAUAUAAAUAACAGUUUAUUAAAUAAUAUUUCAAUGAAUAAUGUUAAAAUAAGGCUAAAUAAAUUAAAGACAAGUUAUACAUCUACUGAAAAUUUAACAAGAUUAGCAAAAUCUUCAAACAUGGUGUUAAAAUCGCCAGACAUAAAGUCAAAAUCAUUGAAAAUGAAAUCUAAUGAAAAAAAUGAGAAGUUCACUGUAACAACAGUGAAAGAAUCCCCAAAUAAGGAUAUAUCAACAAAAAUUUCUACUAGAUCCAAAAAAGAUAAUAUAGAACAGAAGUCAUUGUCAAGUGAAACAAGUGACUUAGAACUAACUUUGACAAAUGUAAAUAAUCUAUCAACUUUGUAUAGAGAAAUAAUAUCAAAAAAAGCAAUGGUGAUACUUGAAAGAAUUCCAUUACUGGAUGACUUAAGUCUAUUACUAAAGUCUCAAAAUAAUCCAAUGAAUAGUACAUUUGAUGUAAAACAUGUGCAACAACAAUUAUGUAAAGAUCCAGAUUCUCUAAAAAAUUCAAUUUUAUUAAAUAUAUUAUCAAAGAACAAUGAAGCAUUAAAUAAUACAUAUUCUUUAAAUUUAAGAUCUACUUCACAAAUAAAGCUUAAAUCACAUUUAAAUGAUGAUAUAUUGCUUCAUUUGUCACCAAAAGCAACAAGUAGUCCUGUUAUUGAUGACAAAAUGCAUGAAAGUUCUAUUCAUCUAGAUUCUAUCAAUAAAGUAAAUAAAUCAUUUAACAACAGAAAAAAUAAUACUAUAAAUAUUAAUGAUAAGGAAAUAAAAGCAGAUGAGACAUAUGAACUCCUCGAACCAAAAACUCCACACUUACAACGACAAUGUAGAAAACGUAGAGCAGUAGAAUUAGAUAUGAAUGAUAAAAGAAAUGUAAAAAGAGCAUGUAAAGUUCGUUUUGCUGCUUCAGAAUCUCGUAUUAAUAAAUCACAGACAACAUUAUUGGAAAGUAAGAGUACUAGACUAAAUACUUCGAUUUCUUUAUGCAAAACAAAACAUGUUAGUAAUAUAACAGUUAGAAAAACUCCAGUUAUAAGACAUAUUUCUCAUAUGAGAUCAAGUUCUGUGUCCAAUGCUUUAGCAAAUAAAACCAUAUCAGACUCUGAAUUUAAGAGAAGGUCUAGCUCUAUGUCUAACAUUAAUAGAACAUUUUAUAAUAAUAGUAGAAAAAUGGACAAGACACUCUCUUCUACAUUAAACAAAACAAAACAUAUUGGAAGUCAAGAAAAAAAAGAUGUCAAAAUACAUAGUGCCAAAAAAAUUCCAAAUUUUUCUGAAAUUCACAAAAAACUGUUUUCUAAAAUGGAAUCUCUUGUCGAUAAUAAAAAUCGCCUGAUAAAACAACAUGAAGCAUUAAAAACAUUCAAUGUUUCAAGAUUAGAAACAAAAGAUAUAAAGAAACCUUUGCCAACUGAAAUAAAACGUGAUGGCUACACUAAAUUUGGUUUUAAGAUAAGAAAAGCUGAUGCUACCAAUAUUAUUUUAAGAAAGCAACAAAUAAAUCGACAAAAAGAAAAACGAGAAGAAAAUAGAGUACUAUUAAAAGGUGUAAGAACAAAUAGGCGAUUUGAACUUCAAAUGAAAAUGCGUAAACUAUCUGACUAAGUUUAUAGAUAUUUUUUUAUAUUACUUAAUAUAGAUUAUUAUUAAGUAAGGAAUAAUAAGUAAUUGGUUAGAGUUCUACUUUUUAUUAUAAUUUUGUAAACAGUAAUACGACGAUUAUUUUAUUUUGCAUUGUUUACUCAAUAUUUAAAAAUAUAUAUAUCAAACUAACAUUUUUAAUUGAAAAAAAAAUGAAACAUAGAUUAUUUUAAAUAUAUCAUAGUUUAUAAAAAAAUUCUACUAUUAUAGUAUUAUUUUCGAUGUCUUGAAAAGACCUUAGAGUAUUGUAUUCUUUAUAUGAAUAUAUACAAAUAUUUAAUAAUUUUACUAAUUUCAGUUUACACAGUAAUUUUUUAAUUUGAUUAUACCUAUUCAUACUAUACUUAUUCAUUUGUUGUAUGUUAUUGUAUAAUAAGAACAGUAAAAAUAAGAGUAA